AUGUGGAAUUCUCUUCAGACUGACUCAUCAGUUCACUCUAAAAUUGCCCAAUCUGACUACAAAAUUGUACUUAGCACUCCAGAAAGUUUUUAUGACAAACUUGUUGAACCAAGACCAGUUUUUAAAACACUUUGUUCCCAAAAAAAGAUUAGACUAAUUGCGAUUGAUGAAGCUCACCUCACUUAUUCAUUGGCAUCAUUUUCACCAGCAUAUGAACAUUUCAUGAAGCUGCCUGAGCAAUUUGAAGGAAUACCAUUCAUGGCACUGACAGCCACUGCAACACCAGCAAUCAUUACCAUGCUGAAGGAAAUACUUCGUAAUCCAAUUUGUGAGAUUGCAAUUGGAAUAGACAAGUACAGCAAAUGGGCAUCACAAUUAAUUCCACAUUUAGAAGGAAAGGCAAUAAUUAAUCUGGAUUUAAUUAGAGAUGUUGCCCCACUUGCUAUUAGCUUAGGGCAUAAUGGCCUUCUAAGCUGUUCUUAUCAUGGAGACGAGAUGACUAUGCAUGACAAAGUUAUGGCUCUAUCUAGCUGGAAAAGUGGAGAAAUUCAAGUAAUGGUCUGCACAAGUGCUUUUGGAAUGGGGAUAGACCAACCAGACGUAGAUAAAACUAUCAGAGUGGGUGUUCCACCUAGUAUAGAGCAAUUAGUACAGGAACUUGGUAGAGGUUGUAGACAUGGCAAGAAAUGUCAGAGAAUUGUGUUUUAUGUUGACAAUGAUUUGCAACAUGCCUCAUUUUGGUGCAAAGUAGAACACUGUAGGAGGCAAAAACAGAUUUUAUCUAAUUUUCAGGUAUCAUGGAAAUUUAUUACUUGUGAAAUAGCUGGACGAUGUAGACGAGAGAUGGUUUCCUAUUUCGAAGAUAUUACUUCAAACCUACAGUGUGAUGGACCAUGCUGUGAUGUUUGCAUAUCUGAGUUAGAAACAACAGCUAUAAAUGCUGAGAAUGAAAUGAAAAUAGUUACAGAGACAGUUCAAAACCUAGAUGGAUUUGGAGAAGUUAAAUUAGCUCAACACAUAAGAGCAUCAGCAAAAGUUUCUUUGCAAUGUGAAACGUCUACAUUGGGUUCAGGAUUCCAAAUUGGCUAUUCAUUGUUAGGAUGGAGGAUAAGAAUUCGUCAGGCAUGGAUAGUUGGGACUGAUUCAGAAUGA